AGAUCCGACAGAAUAUUUUUCGAUUUUGCAUCGUGAAAAACUUCACACAUUCCAUCCACCAUCCACGAACCCAACGACCAUCACGAACUUCCACGAGGUAUGUAUGUCUCAACCAUGGAACCGAUUCUCGAGAGUCCUUCAUGGCCGGCAGAGGGAGUAAAUCGGCAUCUUCUCGAUUUGCGACGAUGGCGCCGAGGGAUUGAAAGGAACAUUGGCGGCAACUGCAACCGCAUCCUCUGAUCGAAGCUUCAAUCGCAUCGCGCGACGACGUCAAUGCAAUCGAGAGUUGUGCGACACUACUCAUCUCUAUUCGACAGAGCUGAAGAACCCUCCUGUCAAUCAUGAGGGCACUCUCCAUGCUCCAGAGCCCAUGAAGGCUAACGUCCGACUCUGCGCAGAUACCUCACUUCCAAUCUUCGAUUUGAGAAUCUCCUACCGCAAAUAUGGUCAAGACCUCCGUCCUCAACGAUGCGCUUAACGCCAUCAACAACGCCGAGAAGUCUGGAAAGCGACAAGUUCUCAUCCACCCAUCUUCAAAGGUCAUCGUCAAGUUCCUCAGUGUCAUGCAAAAGCACGGUAUGUCGACACCGCCAUUUCUUUUUCCCCACCCCCAAUUCGGCAUGAUAACUAGAUGACGGUCUCAUUUUCCCUACGACCAUAGUCCUUUAAGUUGCCGAUAUAUCCAAACGCGAGGAUCUUACACGUUCUCAUAUUUUUCUUCCUGAUGAUGAUCAUUUAAUCUUUCGCAACAUACUGACAAUUAAAUUUGCAGGCUACAUUGGUGAAUUCGAGGAGGUUGACGACCACCGAUCUGGAAAGAUUGUCAUCCAAUUGAACGGCCGGUAAGCAUUAUCUUUUCAUCGCCCAUCGAGUCCCCACUGACAUUUUGCACAGUCUCAACAAGACCGGUGUCAUCUCCCCAAGAUACAACGUCCGCCUCGGUGAGCUAGAGAAGUGGGUUGUCAAGCUACUCCCAUCCCGUCAAUUCGGUUACAUAGUUCUCACCACCUCUGCUGGUAUCAUGGACCACGAGGAGGCCAGACGCAAGCACGUCGCCGGGAAGAUCAUUGGGUUCUUCUACUAG